GCCCAACUUUAAAGCGUGUUUUUCUGUGAAUCGUUAAGGCAAUAAGAAAAAAUCAAAAGUUCAAAUUUAUUUUAAAGCAUGAGCAGCGAAGGAGAUCGCCGGCGUAUUUCCGUGACUGAACACCGGAAAAAAUUGCUCCAACACAAGGAGAUGGAGUCUAGAGUGCGAACCUUGAGGGAGAACUUGAGGAAUGCAAAGAAGGAGUUCAAUAAGACAGAGGAUGAUUUGAAGUCUCUUCAAAGUGUUGGUCAGAUUAUAGGAGAAGUUCUCCGACCUCUCGACAAUGAACGCUUGAUUGUUAAAGCAAGUAGUGGACCCCGUUAUGUGGUUGGGUGCCGCAGCAAAGUGGACAAGGAAAAACUAAUUGCAGGAACUAGGGUUGUUCUUGACAUGACAACACUCACAAUCAUGCGAGCUCUUCCACGUGAAGUUGAUCCAGUUGUUUAUAAUAUGUUGCAUGAAGAUCCUGGCAACGUCAGCUACUCGGCUGUGGGUGGUUUAUCUGACCAAAUCAGAGAUUUGAGGGAGUCCAUUGAGCUACCUCUGAUGAACCCUGAGCUUUUCCUCAGAGUUGGAAUUAAACCUCCCAAGGGUGUUCUUCUUUAUGGCCCUCCUGGUACAGGAAAGACGCUAUUGGCCAGGGCUAUCGCAAGUAACAUAGAUGCCAACUUCUUAAAGGUUGUUUCAAGUGCCAUUAUUGACAAAUACAUUGGCGAAAGUGCUAGGUUGAUUCGAGAAAUGUUUGGAUAUGCACGUGAUCACCAACCCUGCAUCAUUUUUAUGGAUGAGAUUGAUGCCAUUGGUGGACGCCGUUUUAGUGAGGGUACAAGCGCAGAUCGUGAAAUUCAAAGAACUCUAAUGGAGUUACUUAAUCAACUUGACGGGUUUGAUCAGCUUGGGAAGGUUAAAAUGAUAAUGGCAACAAACCGACCUGAUGUGCUCGAUCCUGCACUUCUUCGCCCGGGAAGAUUAGACAGAAAAAUAGAGAUUCCGUUGCCAAAUGAACAAUCGAGAAUGGAAAUCCUGAAAAUUCAUGCUGCUAGCAUUGCCAAGCAUGGGGAGAUUGACUAUGAGGCUGUUGUGAAACUUGCGGAGGGCUUUAAUGGAGCUGAUCUCCGCAAUGUUUGCACAGAAGCUGGAAUGUCAGCAAUUCGUGCGGAACGUGAUUAUGUUAUCCAUGAAGAUUUUAUGAAGGCCGUAAGGAAGCUUAACGAGGCAAAAAAGCUUGAAUCAAGUGCACAUUAUAAUGCCGAUUUUGGGAAGGAAUAGAAGGCCAUAUUUAAGAGCCAUGAGGGUGGUGCAUUUGUUUUAAUAUAUCUGUAUCAUUUCUUUAUGUUUUUUAAUUUUAGGCAUGUAUGAAUAUUUCAGAAACAUGAAUUCCACUCUUAAAAUGUGUGUUGCACACCUUAUAAGAAGAUAGCCAUUGGAAAUUCUUUCUUAAGCAUG